CGCGCCGGGCGCUUAAAGCCGGGCUGAGCCGCGCCGGGCCGGGCUGAGCCGCAUCGCGCCGGUCGGGGCUGGGCUGCGCCAUGAUUUUCGAUCGCCUCAAACGCUUCUCGAUCGUGCUGGAGGGCGCGGAGCGGGAUGGUCCGGCCGCUUUCAGCCCCGGGCAGGCGGUGUCGGGCCGCGUGGUGCUGGAGCUGGCGGCGGCGGCGCGGCUCGGGGCGCUGCGGCUGCGGGCGAUGGGCGCUGCCCGCGUCCACUGGACCGAGUCCCGCAGCGCCGGCUCCAGCACCGCCUACACGCAGAGCUACAGCGACCAGGUGGAGUUUUUGAACCACCGCGACACGCUGAUGGUACCCCCAGACAACGGUGAAGCCACUGUCCUGCAGGCAGGAAGGCACGAGUUCCCCUUCACCUUCCAGCUCCCCGAGACCUUGGCCACUUCCUUCGAGGGGAAGCACGGCAGUGUUCGCUACUGGGUGAAGGCCAAGCUGCACAGACCAUGGUCCACAGUGAAGAAAGCAAAGAAGGAGUUCACUGUGAUCGAACCCAUCGACAUAAACACCCCUGCACUGCUGGCUCCCCAGGCAGGCGCUAAGGAGAAACUUGCUCGUGCGUGGUACUGCAACCGUGGCCAGGUGUCUGUGACUGCCAAGAUCGACCGAAAAGGCUACACCCCAGGUGAGGUCAUCCCUAUCUUCGCUGAGAUCGACAACUGCACGAGCCGCGCCGUGGUGCCCAAGGCAGCCAUAAUCCAGACCCAGACCUUCGUGGCCAGGGGCACCAAGAAGCAGAAGAAGUCGGUGGUGACCAGCAUCACUGGGGAUGCCAUUCCAGCCGGGAAGAGGGAGGUGUGGCACGGGCGGGCGCUGAAGAUCCCGCCCGUGGGGCCAUCCAUCCUCCAGUGCCGCAUCAUCCAGGUGGAAUACUCCCUGAAGGUUUGUGUGGAUAUUCCUGGGACGUCCAAGCUGCUCCUUGAGCUGCCUCUUGUCAUCGGGACCAUCCCUCUGCAUCCCUUUGGGAGCCGCACCUCCAGUGUCAGCAGCCAGUACAGCGUCAACCUGGACUGGCUGAGCCCCAUCCCGGAGCAGCCAGAGGCCCCCCCUGAGUACUCAGCAGUUGUGUCCAGCCCCGAGGCUGAGCAGAGCCUGGCUCCACCGUGCCGCAGCGAGCUCGGGGACAUCCUGGAGGGUCCCUUCUUUGCCUACAUCCAGGAAUUCCGCUUCCGACCACCUCCACUGUAUUCAGAGGUACCUGAACCGGGCUGGGAGGCUGCUGGAGGUGGCUGG